CCGGCCGUGCUGCAACAGCGGCUGCAGGCCAUGGUGGCUCUGGACAACUCAGAAGGCGGCCCGGAGGCUACCCCGAGCGGAGGGACCAGGCUGUCCCUUCCUGGCUGUCUCCCUGCACUCAGCGGCUCACAGGUGAAGAGGGUCUCGGCUUCCAGACGCAAGCAACAUUUUAUCAACCAGGCUGUGAGGAAUUCGGACCUGGUGCCCAGAGCUAAGGGGCGGAAGAGUCUGCAGCGUCUGGAGAACACCCAGUACCUGCUGACACUGCUGGAGACCGCUGGGGGCCCUCCAGGGGUGGAAGAUGGGGACCUGACUCCUUCUGCGGCACCUGGCAUCUUCGCAGAGGCCUGCAACAAUGCCACCUAUGUGGAGGUCUGGAAUGAUUUUAUGAACCGCUCAGGAGAGGAGCAAGAACGAGUGCUCCGUUACCUGGAGGAUGAGGGCCAGGGCAAGCGGAGACGUGGGCCAGGCCGCGGGGAGGACCGGCGGAGAGAGGACCCUGUCUUCACACCCCACGAGUGCUUCAGGCGCAUCAGCCGUCGCCUGCGAUCCGUGCUCAAGCGUAGCCGCAUCCCAAUGGAAACCCUGGAGAGUUGGGAGGAACGGCUGCUGGCGUUCUUCUCGGUGUCCCCCCAAGCUGUGUACACCGCUAUGCUGGACAACAGCUAUGAGCGGCUCCUGCUUCAUGCUGUGUGCCAGUACAUGGAUCUCAUCUCAGCCAGUGCUGACCUGGAGGGCCGGAGGCAAAUGAAAGUCAGCAACCGCCACCUGCAUUUCCUGCCUCCAGAGCUGCUGUUGUCUGCCUACCUGGACCAGCAAUGAUGGCAGAACCCCUGCCAGCCGCCUCGCCCGGCCCAGACCUCUGUCUGCUAAUAACAUCUUCCAUGCUUUCAGAAUUUGAAUGCCACCCUUCCCUUCAGGAGUCUCCUUGCCCUUGCCCCUUCAUGUCCCAGAUCACACAGGGAGGCCUUGUAGCCACCACCCUGGUACUUGUAUUUGGGUGGGGAGACCUAAUGGGGCCCUAUAGCUCCCCACCCUGGUACUUGUAUUUGGGUGGGGAGACCUGCCCAGGGCAUUUCCCUGUGUUUUCUCUGUUUAGCUUUCUUUGGCCCAGACUGAAGCUCAGGCAAGGAGUAGCAAACUGUUACCUUUUUCCCACCUAAUCAAUUUUAAUGAACUUGGCAUGUUUGGGGGUAGAGUUCUUUUAAUUUCUCUUUUGAAGUGGGGAGGCACAACCAAAAUACCUAGCGCCAGCUGGUAGUGGGCGCUGUUGUGACCCCUGCCUGACCCUCCAGCUUUCAGCUCUGAUGAGGGUGGCUGGUCCUUUCUAGGACUCUGCUGACCUCCUCAGGACACUUUCUUGUGUGUGUGUGUGUGUGUGUGUGUGUGUGUGUGUGUGGCGCACAUGUUUGCACGCCAUGUGCCCGGUGAACCUGGACAGGCUUCGUCUCAAGGGCUCAUUUUAUGCUUUUCUUUGGUGAUAUGUGUAUCUUGUCCCCAGCUCCCUGGGCCCUGCCUGCCUUUCAGACCGUCCUCUCUUCCUCCUCCCCUCUCCUUAUACCAGGGGUCCAGGACUUCCAGCCAGAAGCCUCUGACCUCGUGUACCCUGUCCCCUCCCCUGUCUUCUCUGCUGCUCAGCAUAGCUGUGGACACUGCAGAGGCCUUAUGUGUUCAGCAGGCCUGGCCCUCCCUCCCUUCCCCUUCCGUGUGAUUCUUUGAGCUUGGGGGAAAGGGACGAUUUUAAUAAAGCCUUGGUGCUCA